AAAUUGUAAACAUAAAAUGGCUGAAGACUUGCUUCCAUUGCUUGGUGUAAAUAUGGGAAAUGAGGGCGAAUCAGAGGAUGAUUCAAGUGAUUCUAAUGCAUAUGACGUAAAUCCAGAUGACAUCGAUAUGCAAAUUGUAAAUUACGACAAUCCAGUAGAUAAUAUACACCAGAAUCCAGGUGCCGAGCAGAAUCCAGAUGUACAAAACAAUCCAGAUGCGUCAGGAGAUAACAAAGCAAAGAAGGAGAAGAAAUCCAAAAAGAAAAAGAAAACCAAAAAACGUGACAUGACUUUUGACAGAUCGCUACCUGUGGAGCAUUCAUACCUUGGUGCUGACAUGGAGGAUAUUAGGGGACGUACAGUUCUAGAUGAUGACUCCUACACAUCCCUCCCCAUCCUUUGUCUCCCUGGUGUUGUGCUCAUUCCCGGGCAAACAGUCCCUCUACACAUAUUUCAACCAGCCACUGUGUCCAUGAUAAAUAGAGUUAUCUCACAGGAUAAGACAUUUGGCAUGAUAAAUGUAAGAUACGACCAAGAUUUCACAGCUGUGUUAGCAGAUGUAGGAACAACAGCUGAAAUAUUCUCAGCCAAAGAAGAAACAGAUGAGCUUUCUGGAAUCACAACUGUGCGUGUGAAAGCUAUGGGACGACAGAGAUUUAAAGUCAAAGAAACUAGACGACAACUUGAUGGCAUUCUCAUAGCUCAAGUGUAUAUCUUGUCUGAGGCUGAAGUAUGUGACCCCCUAGGGGGAGCUAUACCCCCCUCCCACAGGAAGUUCUGCUCUUCUAAAACCAUCAUUAAGCCACAGGAUCAAGUUGCAGUAGACGCCCAUGGACAAUAUUUCCAGUAUUCAACAAAAACUAAAAAGCCACAAAUAAACAGAUUCUCUAGUGCCCAUUUAACAUGGUGGCCACCUUGGGUGUAUAAGCAGUUUGAUGUGUCAGGUAUAAUGGAAAAAUUAAAAGAUGAACUCCGGAGUUGGAACGAGACUAUUCGAGAAGAAAAUAUGCCAUGUGACCCUACAGAUUUCUCUUUUUGGGUUGCGGGGAAUGCUCCUUUGGACGAUGGCAUGAAGUUGCAACUUUUGACAAUAGAUAGCACCAUACAGAGGUUGAGGUGUGAGCUUAGCAUCAUGCAGAGGUGUACAAUAUUGUGCUGUAAAGACUGUGGACGCCAAAUAACCAACAAGAAAGAAGUGUUCAGUAUGACGUUGCAAGGCCCUAUGGCAGCCUAUGUCAACCCUGGGGGUCACGUACAUGAGACACUCACCGUGUAUAAGGCACAGAACCUAAGCAUGGUGGGUGGCCCUUCUACAGAACACAGCUGGUUUCCAGGGUAUGCCUGGACUAUAGUGCAAUGUGCCCACUGUCAUACACACAUGGGAUGGAAGUUCACUGCCACAAAGAAAAAACUAAAGCCUGAUAAGUUCUGGGGAAUUACAAGAUCUGCUUUGUUACCUGGACUUGAAAAUGACGAUACAAGUGAUUCACCCUGGGUACCAUUAAUGUGACCUUCCCCAAUGUCCCCC